AUGGCGACCGGUCGCAGGCCUGACAUCGUGGUUGGCAUAGACAUUGGCCAGACAUGCUCGGGCGUCGCAUACUCCAUUGGCCCGGAUUGGAGCGACCCGCGUACGCUCAACCGGUGGCCAGGUGCACAUGGGACAGUACGAGAGGACAAAGUGGCCACCAGAGUCGGGUAUAGCAAAGCCAGCGGCGACUUAGCAACCUGGGGCUUCCUGUCCGUCUUUGACGACGAGGCCACCGUGGUCCAUGACUUUUUCAAACUCACUCUGGAUGCUGAUUACGAGGACGAUCGAGGCUUCAGCUGCCAGGAUGCACGGAAGUGGUAUUGCGAUUACCUUAGGUGCCUGCACCGGGAGAUUGAGGCUUUCUUCGAUGCUGCGGUACCCAAUUGGCGGGCGCUUCAUGUCGAGUACAGUUUCAGCACCCCGACGACAUGGAGGAAUCCGGCCAUGAUUGACAGCAUGCAGAGACUGAUGGAGUCCGCGGGUUUUGCGUGCCGCGGCCAGAGCGUACGGAUGGCGCUGACUGAAGCCGAAGCCGCAGCUAUUGAAGCUUCCACCACCAAAUACAACAUGGGUGACAUCUUCCUGAUCUGCGACGCCGGUGGAGGUACCACAGAUGUAAAUCUUCUGAGAGUGAAGUCCACCGAUCGGAAGAUCGAGCUCGAGCCUCUGGACCAAGUUGAAGGUGUGGCAGUGGGGUCCACGCUCAUCGACUUCAUGAUGGCACAGCACAUUGUCCAGCGCCUUGAGUCGAUCAGCGAGCAUCUCGACGGCGACCCGUACGUCCUGGCUGAGGCGAUGGUGAAUGGGCGGUUCCAGACUAUCAAGCAAUCGUUUCCCAUGCCACUCGUCGAUCAAUUCUGGCUUCCUGUCGAAGGUCUCGCGGGAGCGCAGAGCUUUCCCGAGUUGGGCAUCAAGGGUUCAAAGAUGGUCAUCGACCGCUCCGUCUUGACCGAGAUCUUCGACAUACAGAUCGAACGCAUCUUCGCCCUCAUGGACGGCAGACUCUUGACGCUGCAAGAGGAGUUUCCAGCCGAGAAGGUCUCCUACAUCAUCUUGUCCGGAGGACUUGGAAGCUCGCCCUACCUUUUCGAGCAGAUCCAGAGGCGGUACGAGAUGAAUGUAGGCUUCAGGUCAAGCAACACUGCGUCCAUACGGACAAUGAAGGUUCUUCAGCCGCAACUCGCUGUCGUGCGUGGACUCGUGAAGGAGCGGACCCAACAGCUCGGCGUCGAUUCGUCCAGAGGGCAGGAAGUAUUCACCACCAGACGCUGUCGCAACAGUUACGGUGUCCUGGUUCGACAUCCGUACAAUGAAGCAGAACACAAGGGACUGCCGACGGUGACUAAUGCCAACAACAAGCGUCCAUACGUUGUGGAUAUUGUAGAGUGGUUCAUCAAGCAAGGACAGGAAGUCAGCGUCAGCGAAGGCGUGCACCGGCAGUACACCAGCACAUUGGCGGACGGCGAACAGUUACAGCCGAGACAGGCUCGCAUCGUCAUGUCCACCUUACCACCGAACAGACUGCCUCGCCGGCUGCCCGACGGUGGUUGCCAGGAAGUGGCAAAGGUCAACUUCACCCUAACGCAGAAUGAGAUGAGGUUGAAGAACCGGCAGGUCUGGAAGCUGAAGAAGAAAUACUGGCUGGCCGAGUUCAUCUUCGCUGUGAAACUCGGUCCGGCAGACCUAAGAUUCGAGAUACUCGGAAAGGAUGGCGUCUUGACUACGGGUCAGAACAGCCUCCAGGCCGAGUUCAUGGAUCCGUUGGAGCACAAAUCGGCCAAGACUCCGCUGAGGCCAGAGUUUGUAGCGGUGUACGCUCCCACUCGCCAGUGA